AUGCCAUCCGGCAUCUUCCAAGGUUUUUCACAAGCGCUGUCGCAAUUGGUGGCAGAGCACAUGGCGCAAGCUGAAGCAGGCCGGCCUGGGGACUCGGGAGGUGGCGCCGGCGUGGACAAUGUCGACCACUUUCCAGCUGCUAUGAAAGAGUGGAUGGCCAAGCAUGGUCAAGCCCGUGCACUUCUAGAAAUUGCGCCGCCGCCAAUGCCAGAUUUCUUGCAAGCCCCUCCGAGCCAAUGCCAAAACCAAGCAGAAGGGGCCGCAGUGACACACUCCCAAGAAUCUCAUGACCCGUCUUCAAUUUUGCAGCUCUGGCAACCAGAUUGGCUACCCCGCCUCUUUGACGAUGUCGGCACGGUCACAGUGGUACAAGACAUUUGUGAAAGACCCGCUACGCUCGCAGAAGAGACCUCGGCUUUCCGUCGAAAAGUUGAUCGAUCCUUUGGAUGGCACGGCAAAGUCUUGAAUGACCAGCAGAAGUCCCAGCGCGCAGCCGCACAAACGACCUUGCAAUUGUUGGCGACGAGCCCCGAUGAUGGCAAGUCUGAGCUGUUGCAAUGCAAGGUCUUCGCUCUGGUGGCCGGCGAACUCUAUCGCAGUCACGGAGGACAACUCUUUGAGUAUUGCAAUGGUGCAUGGGCCCCUGCUUCCCAAGGGCUUUCCUCAGUCAACCUCGAGUUCAUCCUCCAAGCCCUGCGCAGAUCUCAAGCAUACUUUGCCGUCAUGGCCCAGAUGAAGCACAAAAGGACCUACGAAGACAUCGUGUUCGAGAUCAAAGCUAUCCAGCAAGUGGGUCUGGAGGACGUACUGCUACAGUGGCAACUUCAAGACAUCCUGCCCCGAAAGGCCGAAGUCAAGGCCAGAGAGUGGCUGUAUGGUUUGUCCGAGUUGUGCCGCCACUUGCGGCAUCAGUUUGACGAGCACUCCAGGACUAUCGUCAAAUGUUUUCAACGUUGGGGCGAUGAAGAAAUCCGCAGCAAACAGCAGCCCGGGCUAUGCUUCCAAGAUGCUUUCAUUUCUACUGUGGAUGGACAACCGCAGCAACUGCAGAAGGAUGCGCGGCAUGGAUGCUACGUUGCCAUCCCCACGUCCAUCUCGCAGACACCUUCCAUGGACACACGUCGACGCUAUGCCAGCAUUCUCUUGUCUUCCUUUGCAGGCUCGGCUGGCCUUCAAGUCUUACUCAAUCAAUGUGCCCUCGUGGUGGCCCGGGUGAGGCAGCCAGAUGUGCUCCACAUCGUUGUGGGCUGUGGACAUGAUGGGAAGACUUUGAUAUUUGUCGACCACAUGCAAGCUGUGUUUGGCAGCGCUUUCAGCUGCGCCCCGUGCAGUAUGCUGCAAGCGGACCGUGAAUUUCAGGUCCAGGGCGUCAACUUCAUCCAUUCAUCUUUCCUGACUUUCGAUGAAUGCAAAAGAGAUCAGGGAAUCAUGGAGGAUACCGUGAAAGUGUUCGUGGGUGGGGGUUGGCUACCAUUGCGGAGAAACCAUGAAGCAGAAACCAAAUACGGACACUGGGCACAUUCCGCCAAGGUGUGGGCUAUGAAUGUCGGAGAUAUCCCGCGGGUGCCCACUGCAGAAGAAGUCUCGCACCAAAGGCGCUUCCGCUGCACCUACAUGCGGUCCAAGUUCACGGCCAUCCAAGAUGAAGUUGAUGUUGCCAACAAAGUCUUCCAAGCAGAUCCCAGUGCCAAAGAGUUCAUGGCCUCUGGCGCCGCUGUUUGGUGCUUCUUUCAGGAUUUUCUUUUUCCACAUCUUCGCUCCAAUGGUCUGCAAAAGUGCAGUGACAACUUGCAGUACCUCAUGCCCGAGACCACUUUGUACAAGGACACGCAUUGGCUCCUCCAAAAGAUGAGCCGCUGCAGCGAGCGCCCAAAUCCCGAUGAAGGACAAGGACCUGCACAUCCAGAAAUUCCGGUAGUGCAAAGCCGCUCCGAACGGAUCAUUCGUGAGACCCAUGCGGCUGUCACCACUCAGUUUUUCUCUGCCAAGGAAGUCAAUCGCCUUUUGGCCCCUUCCAAUCCAGGUUCAGCUCCGCCAAAGAAGCCGGGGAAGAAACUCAGAGUAGAGUACCUCAAGGAGUCCAUCCUCGAGUUCCCCCAUCUCAUUCGGUCCGUUGAUGGCCAAGUCCGUGCUGGGAAUGCGUUGGACCGCUUCGAACGUCGAUGUUUGAAUGUUGACGCCUGGCAGACUUGCCUCCAAACAUGCUUAGGUGAAGCUCGGGUUGAAGAAAUUGCUGGUACUUGGCAAGAUUGGUCUUGGCCACAAGCUGCAGAAGCUUCACUGGCAGACACCAUGGAUGACCCCACUGGCCUUCCUCGUGGUGACUCUUGGACCAUCUCUUGCAACAUCAACCUUGAAGGAUUGAAGCAGUAUGCUGCAUCCACACUUGGAGAGAAGGGUUUGCACGCCCGACAAGUUGCAGAGAUUUGUGAAAGAGACAACGAGACCGUCGGAGACUUGGUCACUGUGAAGACUACAGGGCAUCAAAAAACAGUGGCAGGUGAAUCGCUCGGACGUGUCUUCUUUCCAUGGGUGAGCUUUCCAACCCUAUCUCGUUCCGCCAGAAGCUACGGCAGCCCACUGGGGACAAAGGAGUUCGACAUGCCCAAUGCUGUGAUCCACUUUGCCCUCAAGUUCGCUGAAGAGUAUGCCAUGGACUUGCCGUGCUUUCGGCGGUAUCACGCUUUCAAAGCUGAAUGGCGCCAAGUGGUGAUGUCUUGGUUCUCCUUCUCAGAGCAUGAUGCCAAAAAGGCGCUCCUCAUGGCCUCUUUUGGCUUUGCAUUUCCAUCUCGCGCGAGCGGUUCACCUGUGGCCUGUCCCUUGUUAGAGGGCCUCGCUGCAGAUGCCAUGAAGUUGCGGGAGGAACACAAAGCAAUGCAGCUGUUCUGCGGCCUCCUGCCCAAACAUGGCUUCGCUCUAGUUGCACCAGUCUUUGACGCAGUGCUUGCUGUCCCGCAAGCGAAUCUGAGCAUGCCAGGUGAAGAAGUAGAUUCAGCAGCAAGUGAACAGGCUUUGCUGGAAGAUUUCCACAGUCAGACUGGAAUCAUGAUGCAGGUCAAACCACUGGACAGAAGCCCGCCCAUGCUCACAGUGCAGCAAAUCCUGGAAUCCAUUUUGGAAAACAAUGCUGGGAUCAGGAUGGGCGCGAUCCAUCACAUUCCUGGGUGUUACUCCUGUAUCGGCACUGCUCUCUUGAAUUUGUUCCCCGAGGAGGCUGACCCUUUGACGGCCGCAACAUCCAACUUGCCAGAGCCUAUGUCCUACCAGCACAUGAUGCAGCUUUGUCCUCAAUUUUCCAUAGAGCCUGUGUCCUUGUCUCAAGCAGAGCAGUGCGGCGAUGGAAUGUGUUUCUUGCUACAUGCAUCGAGCUCAUCAGCCAAGGAUUGUGGCCAUGCAUACGGACUGAAGCUGGUCCAGGAAGCUGCUCACAUUUACAGCUCCGCCGAGGAAGAAUGCAUCCAAACCAAUGCAAAAAAGUUGUGGAAGCACUUGUCGAAAGCUCACGGGACGCAGGUUUUCCAAGUCAAUGUGCUCUCCGCAGACGAUCGCGCGGCCAAGAGGAGGAGAAAGGAAGCACCUUCGACUUGCCUGGAAGUCCAACUGAAAGCAGGAAUGGAGGCCGAGGAGGGCUGGAGCUCCGUGGCGCCACAAGUUCGGCCCAAGGGUCGGAGAGUUUGUGUCCUCUCGUAUUCUGAUCGCAUGUAUAAAGUAUCAUGCAUAUACCCCUGCGAGGCUUUGAGUCCUUUGGCUGCGCGUCCUGCCGGCACGGACACCCUGCUUUCCCAAGCUGCCAUGUGCAUGCGAGAUUGGGUCUCUUUGGACGCAGCUUCCCUUCACUUUGUGUCGAAGCAGAAUACGGUCGACAUGGCUUUGCUUCUGACCCGCGCUGGGCCGAAGUAUGUCCUCAAGCAGCAUACAGCCCAGGCACUCCGAAUCAACAAGAUGCUCUACAUUAGCAAUGACUUUGCGGACUUGGUGUUGGCCAAAGCCAUCAAGCACAGAGGCAAGAUCCACAGCAUGUUCAAUGACAUCACUACUGAGUGGGUUUGUCAAGGUAGUCCUUGUGCUUGGCUUGGGUGUCGCCGAGGGGACACACGCCAGGCCGUCUUUGAGCAGGUCAUGGCUUUGAAGCCUGUGCAGGCCCUGCGAACUGCUUUGAUAGCAACUGCCACCGUGCAUGCGGAGUGGGUGGUUUGCAGUCAUGAUGCGACCUACCAAGUCCUUUUCAGCGCCAUCGGACAAAUGCCCAUGCAGCAGAAAGAAGGAGAAUUCCAUGCUUUGCAUACCUUCCUUGGCCGGUCUGGAGCUGUCCCUGGUUUCAGCCUCCAGCGCACAGAAGGUCCGGAUAGUUUCCGCUCUGCUGUAGCCCAGGUGCUCCCACAUGAUGCCCGCAUGACAGUGAAGUAUAUGUUCUCUGACAAUCCUGCUUCCGUGGAAGGUUCCACUGAUGUCUUACCAAACCUGGAAGCUGUUGCAGAAGAUGCCUUGCACUUGGUGUUGCGAGUGGAAGCUUGCACUGGUGAGAAGCGGACGGCCUUGUCAUCGAACCUACUCCGGAUUAUGCUGCGCUUUCGCUUGCCAUGUGCUGGAUCCUUCUUCCAUGGUGGCACUGAUGGAGAUGAUGAGCAUGAUGCAGGACAGUGGUCAGAUGGAGUUGCCAAAGAUGGUGUGCCAGCGGACUGGGAUUGGGAUGCCCGGGUGACAAAGCCGUACUCCGGCCACCAGGAAUUCAUCAAUGACAUCGAAGUGCUUUGUGCCCAACACUUGGACCAAAUGAAGCGAAAGGAUAAGAAGGGGCGUACAAUCCAGCAGGUCUUGAAAGCCGGCACGUCUUACACGCACUUCAGGUACCUGUGGAACGGUUCCCACAUCAUAGCAGCCCUUCACCAAGCCAUGCCCCCGAAGGAAGUGGAGCUCCUUAGCUUUGGCACGUGCAGCAAUGAGGCUUUGCACUUUCAGCUCAAAGUCUGUCAAGAGCAAAUCAUCCAGCAGCACAUCCAAACAUUUCCUCCGCAGUUGGAAGCAUUUAGCUUAGCAAAGCUCUUGGCGCAUCAUUCGGCCGCUUACUCUCCAACCUUGGCACAAAGAAAAGAAUCUGAGAUCUUAAGCCUCAUGCAAGGUUGGCUGACCAAAGGCUUUCUCCCGCCGCUUGAAGAGGGGCGCAUCCAGCCAACACUUUCCAGAGAGGACUUGCGCAGACCUGUGCAUCAAUUGGACCCGCAGAAGGUGGCCAUCAGAAAGGACAAGGCAAGGGAGAAAGCAAAGCAAUGGAGCAAGGAAGUCCAGAACAGGAAGCUCAAGCAUCCGCAAAGCCGUCUGCAAAAGCCCGUCUGCAAACGCACCGUCUUUACCCAGAAGAAGCUUCUUGACUGCAAACAUCCACAUGUAGGCUUUGUUGCGCAAGCUGAGCAACAAUUAGUGCAUGGUACACAUGCGGCAGAUCAAAGUUCUGUAGCGCUACAACACCCAACGAUGGUCAAACUUAGGGCUUUGUCCAACCAGCUAUUUCUCCUCUGA